AUGGAAGGCACUACUAUUCCUACCGAGGUUUUGGAUGCCAAGCUUUUAACGGAGUCUAAGGAGGAAACAUCGCUUAGCAAACUCUUAUCAAACCUACCAUCUGGUUACAAAGGUAUUGUGACGUUCUUAUUCCCUGCCGUCAACACACCAUUUUGUACGAAACAAGCAUGCUCAUUUGGCCUCUACAACCCUUUCUUCAAGGAUUUGGGGUACGAAGUCUACGGUUUGACCGGCGGUGCGUCUGAAAAGGCCAAGAGCUGGGUAGAAAAGAACAAAUUAAGCUUUACAGUGCUUUUAGACCCUCAAUGGACUGUGAUUAAACACCUUCAAUGCACCUGGAUGUAUUUCAUCGUAAACAGGUCGCAUUUGGUUAUCAGCCGUGAUGGCAAGAUUUUGGCAAUUGAACGGGGAGUCAGCGCAAAGGAGUCCGCAGAAAGAAUGCUAGAGAUAGUCAAGGCACUGCCUCCAACUGCUGAAUGA